AUGUUUGUCCAACAUCAAACUCCACAGCCACAAUAUAGACAAUCAAUUCCAUUCCAACAUCAACAACCACUCCAAUAUCCACAGUACCAUCAAUAUCAUCAACAACAACAACAACAACAACAAUCAGAUGAUAAUGAAUAUUACUCUGAGGAGUAUGAGUCCAAGGAGGACUCACUCAAGAGAUCAAGAAUGCCAAUACAGAAUGGUAUUAGACGCUCACCAAACAAGUGGACCAAGGAGGAGAACAAGCGUCUGACAGAGCUGGUCGGCCUCUAUGGUGAGAAGAAAUGGAAGAGAAUCUCAUCCGAGAUGGGUGGCCAGAAAACUGGCGCCCAGUGCGCCCAACAUUGGAAGCGUGUCCUCUCGCCAGAGAUCCGUAAGGGCCCCUGGGACGAGGACGAGGAGGAGACCCUGCUCAAGCUAGUCGCCCAGCAUGGUUCAUCAUGGAAGAAGAUCGCCAAGAGAAUAUGUCGUCGCACAGAUAUCCAAUGUCGCUACCAAUACCUCAAGGCCCUGCAAUCACGUGAGAUCACCUGGAUACCCAAGGAGGAUGAGGCACUAGUCAAGAAGGUUGUUGAACUCGAUCAGACUCUGACCUGGCUUGAGGUCUCUGACUAUUUGGCCAAGCUGAAGCACACCAACACUCUGCGCACUGCUCUCGAGUGCAAGGCGCGCUACCUCCAACUGACCGGCAACAGACUGAACUCGAUGGGAAGCAUGUCUUCGCCAAUCAUGUCGAUGAACAGUUCAUCUACAUCCACCUCCCCAUCAUCUCCAUUCUCUGACAGCCAGUUUGAGUUUACCGCAACCAAGCUGCAGCCAGUCACCUACACACCACCCACAGUCCGCAGAGAGGUUGUCUGGUCCCCCGUCCAGCAGUCGCCACCCACCUCACCAUUCCUAAAGUCAAUCGCCAAGUCCACCGACUCCAUCUACAACCCAAUGUCAAUCACACCAACCAGCACCAGUCUACUUCCAAACAACUUUAGAAGCAUACUCAAUCAAUCACCAAUCACCACACCAACAUGUGCACCAUCUCCAUCAACAACACAAAAGACAUUCAGCCUCAAUCAUAUCCUGGAUGAUGCUUCUGCCAUUCAAUCACCAUCAAAGAAGCAUCGUGUGGACGACUACUUUAGCUCAAGUUUCAAACUUCAACCAUUGGCCCUUAGUGAUGACCUGCCCAAGUCUAUCUUGCUUCCAUCUACCUCUGCACUUGGUCAGAGUGCCAAGGGUCUUUCCAACAGUGGUACCUUUGCAACUACAUCAUCAUCAACAUCCUCGACCUCGACACCCAACGUCGCCUGCUCUCCAUCCUCCUCUCCAUUCUCCUCACCAUCACGUUCAACUACCCCAACCUCAACGAUCCAAAAGUUGAGAAAUUCAUCAAUCGAUUUCUUCAACCUGGAUUCUUUGGCAUCAGUUGCUUCAGUGGAGAGAAAGACAACCAACAAUUAA